GAUGAAUCGGAGGUUUCGAGAUCUAUACCGCAGUAUCGCCCAAUGAGAAUUGUACAAUCCCGAAGGGGACUGCGUCAGAGUCUUGUACAGCGCAGCAUCUCCGGCGGGGGAGUCUUGACCACGCGCUCAGCUCGUUAUUUAAGGGUGUAACAACACUCUCUGUUGCUGUGCACACAUCAGUCUACUCUAUUCUAUCUUCGCACUCGUUCCCACCAUGUCUUCUGAGAGCACACCAAUCCCACACUUGCGCGAGACAAAGGGCGGGAAGGAACUGGUUGUCAAUGGACGGCCCUUCCUUAUGCUCGCCGGGGAGCUCCAAAACUCCUCGCUCACCUCAGGCGAAUACAUGGAUACAGCCUGGCAGAAACUGGUGGACACGCACUAUAACACGGUACUUGGAUGCGUGACCUGGGAGAUGAUUGAGCCUGUCGAGGGCCAAUUUUCUUUUGAGGAGCUCGACAAUGUCAUUCUUGGAGCCCGCAAACAUGGACUUCGCCUUGUGCUCUUGUGGUUCGGCUCGUUCAAGAAUGGAAUUUCCACCUAUGUUCCAACAUGGGUCAAGACCAACCCUAAACGCUUCCCUCGAGCAAAGUUGCGCAAGGCUGGCGGAGUCCUUGAAACAGGGGACGUGCUCUCGAUUUUCUACGAUGAAGCCCCCGAAAGCGAUGCUAGAGCAUUUUCUCAGCUCCUGCGCCACCUCAAGGAGUUUGACGAAGAGCAUUCAACUGUCAUCAUGGUACAGGUGGAAAAUGAGACCGGCUUGUUAGGCGACUCUCGCGAUGCUAGUGUAGAAGCCGAAAAGCACUUCUCACAACCUGUGCCGAAGGACCUGAUUUCUUUCCUUUCGGACGACUGGAAUAAUCUCCAUGUUGACCUUCAAUCGAACCUAUCUCACUUCAAAGCCCAAUCCCAGCCGGAAGGAUCGUGGACAGAAGUCUUUGGAAAGGGACCGCGCACGGACGAGCUCUUCAUGGCAUACCACUACGCCCAUUAUCUAAACCGUGUCGCAUCAGCCGGCAAGGCCGAGUACCCUAUCCCCCUCUACACAAAUGUUUGGCAAAACUACGUCGGCGAGGACGGGGACAACGAUUUUCCCAUCGUCGCCGGCGGCGGCGGCCUGCCAGGCGACUACCCCUCUGGUGGCGGAACCUCCAACGUACUCGACAUCUGGCAAAAAUUCGCACCGUCCCUCGACUUUAUCUCUCCAGACGUCUACCUGAACGAGUAUUCCAGUUCAUGCGCCAAGUAUCGUCACCGCAACCAGCCCCUCUUCAUUCCGGAACAACGCCGCGACGAGUACGGCGCCCGCCGAAUUUGGGUCGCCUAUGGCUCCUACCAAGCCCUGGGUGUCUCCCCCUUUGGCAUCGACACACAGGAACCCGAAACAAACCCUUUCACCAGACACUAUGCGCUCCUCGAUUCCGUCUCGGCAAUCGUCCUCGAAGCGCACAGGAACCCAGGCUCCUCCGUAGGGUUCUAUUUUGACGACCUCAGCGCCCACGGCACAGACCCUUCAAAGAUCAUCACAAAGACCUUUGCCAACUUCGCCAUCACAAUCGAGCGCUGCUUCGUCUUUGGAAAGGCCGGUCCCGGCUCGGGAAUGGUCAUCCAUCGCGGCGGGGGCAAGUUCCUCCUCAUCGGCUGGGGCUUCCAGGUUCGCGCAAAGUCUCUCUCACCUACUUCGGCCUUUACGGGAAUACUAAAGUUCGAGGAGAAGCUUGUUGCGAAUAAGGAGACGGGCGAGCUACGGACGCUCCGUGUGCUUAAUGGUGAUGAGACGCGGAGUGGUAUCUGUGCGAGGAUGCCUAAUGAAGAUCCGGACUAUGGUGGCUUCCCAAUUUGCGUUACUAUCCCGGCAAGGACGAUGAUUGCUGAGGUGGAGUUUUAUGAAUUGGAUGAAAAGGAUGUUUGAGUUGUUUGUUUUCUAGAACUAGUUACCAGUGAUGAGGUUUAUGCUUGACUCUCUGGCUAGGGUUGAGAAAGUAGUGGGCGGCGCCCAACUAGAUUUAACGAGUAAAAUAGAAGGAUUUCGGCUGCCAGGUCCAUCUACAUCUACACUUCUCUGUUUUAUUUAUGGCCGUCGUACUUUGGGCG